AUGCCGCCGCAAGGCCAGUCGCCGCACCGCGCGCGGCGGCAUCGAGAUCGAACGCGCGAGAGAGAAUCAGAGUACGAGCAAGACCACAGCGAACGAGACUACGAAAGGGAACGGGAACAGUACGAAAGCCGCGGCCACAAACGAGACAGCAGCCGGCAGGAGAAAAGGCACAGCCGAUCGGCAGGCGGCAGCGGCGGGGGCGCCAGUUCUGGACCUUCUCUAUCGGCAGAGGCCCUGGCACGGCUGGAGCGCGAUCAGCGCCGCAAUGCCCAGCGGCAGUCGAGGCAGUCGCGAGUACCUCGGGAGGAGUACGUCGAGGUGCAGGUUGAGAAACCCCGCAAGAGUAGAGGCAAGGAUGGGCCCGGCGGCGGCGGCGGUGGUGGUGGUGGUGGUGGUGGGGGCAACAACAACAAGAAGAAGGGCAAGAAGCAGCAAAAGAGGGUGGUCAGCGGGGCUGUGAUGGAGGAAGGUCGGAGCAAAGGGUGGUUCGCCGGCGCGCGGGGCAGCACAAACACUGAAGACAGCUUGAUCAAGGAGUACAUGUACCAGCAACCCAAGCAAAAGUGGUGGAAGCGGAGGAGGAUAUGGAUGUACAUUGGGGCCGGCGUCAUCGCCUUCAUCCUCAUCAUCGUCAUCGCCGUCGUGGUCAGCAAGAAGAAAUCGGGCGACUCGGACGAAAAAGGCUCGAGCCUCGACGGCUUAGACCGCAACAGCAUCCCCGCCGAGCACCAGGGCACCGAUCUAGACCCGUGGACCUGGGCCGACACCACCGACUUCAACGUCACCUUUACGACCGAGACCGUGGGCGGGCUGCCCGUCAUGGGCCUCUUCUCCGACUGGGACGACUCCAAGGCCGCCAACGACCGCCCCUUCAUCGCCCCCUCCUUGUUCGACUACGACGCCCGCCUCGGCAUCGUCGACGAGUACACCCUGUGCGAGCACCUCGGCCCCGACGCCGCCCGCGCCAAGCUCGAGAAGCACUACGCCACCUUUGUCUACGACGACGAGCCCUACGUCGCCCGCACCUCGUGGCGCUACCUCUUGCGCGCCAUCGAGUGGGCCCGCCGCUACGGCCUCCGCAUCAACCUCGACCUGCACGGCCUGCCCGGCAGCCAAAACGGGUGGAACCACUCGGGCCGCCUCGGCGCCAUUGGCUGGCUCAACGGCACCGCCGGCGCCCAAAACGCCCAGCGCUCCCUCGACGUGCACGGCCGCCUGUCCCGCUUCUUCGCCCAGGACCGCUACCGCAACAUUGUCGCCUUUUACGGCCUCGCCAAUGAGCCGCGCAUGACGGCGCUCGACGCCGACGAGGUCCUCGCCUGGACCCGCGAGGCCUACGAGACGGUCCGCGCCAACGGCGUCGACGCCGUCGUCGUCUUUGGCGACGGCUUCAUGGGCCUGUCCAAGUGGAAGGGCAAGCUCGCCGGGCUCGAGGGCCUCGCGCUCGACGUCCACCAGUACGUCAUCUUCAACACCAACCAGAUCGUGUAUACGCACCGCGAAAAGGUCGAGUACGCCUGCGCGGGCUGGUCCAAGCAGGCCGUCGAGAGCAUGGACACCGCCACCGGCUUCGGCCCCACCCUCUUCGCCGAGUGGUCCCAGGCCGACACCGACUGCGCCCGCCACCUCACCAACGUCGGCUGGGGCAACCGCUGGGAGGGCACCUUUGACGCCGGCGACACGGGCGAGUCCGUCCUCGAGCCGCGCUGCCCCACCAAGGACGAGCGCUGCAGCUGCACCUUUGCCAACGCCGAUCCUUCGGCUUACGAGGACGAGUACCGCCGCUUCCUCAAGAUGUUUGCCGAGGCCCAGAUGCACUCGUUUGAAAAGGGCUGGGGCUGGUGGUACUGGACCUGGAAGACCGAGUCCGCGACCCAGUGGAGCUACAAGGCGGGCCUCGAUGCCGGUAUCUUGCCGGCCAAGGCGUAUGAUCGCGACUUUGACUGCUCUACGGAUGUGCCUGAUUUUGACGACUUGCCCGAGUACUACUAG